AUUCUGAAAAAGUCUUCUUUUCAAAAUUGUAAUCUUCAAUCUCCAUAUUUCCAAAUGUAGAAUUCCAAAAAUAUUUUCAAAAAUGGUGCAGCUAAAAAUUUGGGCGGGUGAAGAACAAAUCAAAAAUUUGAAAAAUUAUUUUUUUUGCAGAACUUUGUUGUUGAAAAUAGGAAUCAUAAAACAUUUGAAAAAAAAAAAAAUGUUGUAAAUGUGGUGCUGUAUUCGAUAUGGCUGGCUAGAUAUUGUCAAAUAAUAUCAAUAAUUCUCUUUUUUUGGCAUAUCUGCACAAGUGUACCACUAUGAAUUUGUUUCCUUGUAACUGUAAGAAAAUUAGAUAUUUUUAAAUGGAAUUUUCUGCAAAUAUCCUUCAGAUUGUGUCUAUUCUGAUUGUACAGGAAUUUGCAGGAGAAGUAGAAUUUUUUGGAGGUGGGAGGAGUUUGAUAAUUGACACGAGUUUAAUUUGUUUCUUCAUAGCUUUUAGAAACGUGUAAUUUUUGAUGAAAUUUUCUACAAAAACUUUUCAGGUGGUGUAGAGUAUGAUUGUAUUGGAAAAUACAGAUGGAAUUUCACUACAUAUGCUAAGAACACAGCAACUGAAAGAAUGAAAAUGAAGUUUAAAACUGUUGUGAGGGUUAAGUUGCCUGCAGAUACAUAUGGGGAAAAUGUGAAAGCCAUUGUAAUUGAUAAAGACAGAUACUAUAGGUUGAAGGAAAUGUGUAACAUUGAUCCGCUGGGAUUUGCGGUGGAGUUUGAUGAACUGCCGUUAUUUUUGUGAUGUGCUUCAAUAUGGGUGAUUUCUUUUUUUCUUUUUUAUUACAUUAAAUUCCUAUUUAAUCGUAAUCUACAGCAUCUGAAAGGUAUAUGCAGAAAAUUUCAAUAAAAAAUACCCAUUUUUCUGAAAGUUAUGAGGAAACAAAAUUAACUCAGGUGAAUUAUCCGAAACGCCUUUCCUGCACCCCGAAAACAUUUUAAACCACAAAUUGCAAUACAAAUGAACUCUACACCAUCUGAAAGAUAUUACCAGAAAAUUUCAAUAAGAAAUAUAAAUUUUCCUGGGAGUUAUCAGGAAGUAAAGUCGUGAUGAGGCACAUACGCGUAGGUAUGACAUUUUUUUUUACGCAAGCUAAUAUCGAACCUGUUACCCAUACUUUUAAAUAUCUUCCUGCUAAUUAAUUAUUCUGUUAAAAUUCAAACCGGCAACCCCUCUUUUAUAAUGUUCUAUUUCUAAUUAGAUGCUUGGGACAUAAAUAAGAAGAAAACAUUCGUUUCACUUUUUUGAAGUUUCAAUUUUUAAAAGCGAAAAUGUUUUAAUGUAUUUCUGGAAAUUGGGAGUCGUAAAACAGAUAUAAAAAGUUUCUGUAAAAUCCUGCUGAAAAUGUCCAAGCAUCUUGGCGUUAGUUCUUUCCCUUUACCUCCCAUGCAAUAUGUCAGGUACUGUACUGAUGAAAAUAUGGCAAAAGGAAUACCGGCACCACCACCAACUCAGGAGGACUACACAGUAUUUGGUGUACCUUCCAACAUUAAUGAUCCCAUCCAGACAUUAGAAUCCCAAGGACUUACGCAGUUAUAUCCUGAAAACUGUAAUCGAAAAAAGGAAAUGAAGAAACUGAACCAUUCCAUUCUUGUGUGCUUUCUAGAUUUGAUAGACAUACUUAUUCAAAAUCCCAGCUCUUCAGACAGGAACGAAAAGCUGAAUGACCUGCGUUUACUAUUCAUAAACCUCAAUCACCUAAUCAAUGAAAUCCGACCAAAUCAAGCCCGGGAAGCAUUACGAAUGAUGAUGAUGAAGCAAAAGUGUCAAACAGUUGAACUAUUGAAUGAUCUUGAAAAAAAACUUGCUGAGGCCAAAGAAUUGAUAGCAAAAAGUAUACAAAAUCUGCAAGUUUCCAAUCCAGAUGAUUGUGAAGCUUUUAAAUUAUCUGGUUUGUUAGAAUCCGGGUCAUGUAGAUUGAAUGAAAACAUAGAAAUGACUUCUGAGUGUUCUGUACAAGAUUAUACCAUCAAUACAAUAGAAUACUUAAAUGAAGUUUGUAAUUUUGGAAGAGAAGAUUCUGUAAUACAAUCUGAAGUGAAAAUGGAAAACAUUGACUGUAAAAGUAAAGUUUUAGCUGCCCAGGAAAGUAAUAGGGACUUGGGUGCAACUGGAGGAAAGGCAUGUUUUGAUUCUAAACUUUCAGUUAGAAAUACUGCUGAUGUGAAAAUAGAGAAUGAAGAUAUUUUAACCAAUACUUGUGCUAACAAGAAUCAGAAAGAUAUGGAAUUCACGGAUAGUAUGAAGGUUACAGCAGACUACAUUGGACUUUCAAACAGCUUGCUUGCUGCUAAGAAUGGUGUGCAGCUGGCUUUGUGUGAAGUCAAAGCCAUGUCAGAAGAUCUAGACCUUUCAGAGUGUAAGCAAGGUGUUAUAAAUAAUACUAAUAAGACAUGUAUAGAUGUGAUAGAAAAUGAAGAGUGCAAUGUAAAACUGGAGAGAAAAAGUAAAGAUAGCUGUUCUGAAGAUAUUGGUUCUUCCCAAAGUGAAUCUGUGGAUGUGUGUUUCUCACAGAGUAAACAAGAUGAAGAUGCACAAUCUAAACAGGAAGCUGAAAGGGACAGUACACAUGAGACUGGAGAUGAUUUACCACUCUUGCAGGGAGCUGAAAAUGAAGUGUCACUCAUUCAUGUUAAGCAAGGGUGGGAAAGAGAUGCGUCACUUGAGAGACAGGCUAAAGAUGAUGCGUCUCUUGUGCAAAGUGUUGGGGGUGAUGUGUCACUUAUGAAAAGUGAGCAAGGUGGUGAGAGCAAUUUGCAAAGUAAACAAGGUGAUGUGCUCUUCAGGCAAAAUAAAAAAGAAGCUGAGGGUGACUCAAGACUUGUGUCACCAAACCGGAACUUGGAAGAUGAUACUCAAUUUCUGCUGUAUAAACAGGGAAGUGAAAGAGAGAUGUUGCUUCAAGAGACAUCAGAUAACUUGGUUGCAAUGGAGAGCAGAAAGCUGUUGGCCAGAGACACAAAUAUAGAGGAGAGCAAAGAGGAGAUUUAUGACAAAAAUAUUGGGGAAAACAAAGAGAUUUAUGAUGACAAAAAUAUUGGGGAAAACAAAGAGAUUUAUGACAAAAAUAUUGGGGAAAACAAAGAGAUUUAUGAUGACAAGAAUAUUGGGGAAAACAAAGAGACAUAUGACAAGAAUAUUGGGGAAAACAAAGAGAUUUAUGAUGACAAGAAUAUUGGGGAAAAUAAGGAGGAAAUUUAUGACAUAAAUAUUAGGGAAAGCAAAGAGGAAAUUUAUGAAGAUACAAAUGUAAGGAAGAGCAAAGGAGAAAUAACUGAUGACACAAAUAUGGGAGAGAGCAAAGGGAGGGAUUUUGGAACAAAUGCUAAAGAGAGCAAAGAGGACAUCCAUGAUGAUACAAAUAUAUGGGAGACCAAAGAGGUAACAAAUAUUGAUGAAGGAGUAGUGGAGAGCAAGGAAGAGAUGCCAUGUGGCAAAAUAUUAAUGACAAAUCAAGAAGAGACGACAGGUGAUAUGAGUGCUACGAAGAAUCAAGAAGAGACGGCUAAUGACAGUAAUGUAGUGGAAAGUCAAGAAGAGACUGCUUGUGUCACGAAUGAAGUAGAGAGUCAGGAAGAGGCUGAUUGUGAUGCAAAUGAGGUGGAAAACCAAGAAACAGCUUACAACAUAAAUGCAGAGAGUCAAAAAGAGAUGGAUAGUAGUGUGAGAGGAUUGGAGAGCCAAGAUGAGAGGGGUGAUGGCAGAGGCAUAACGGAGAGCAAGAAAGAGUGGGAGGGUAAUAUAAAUGUGGCAGGGAGCCAAGAGGAAAUGGCCGGCAAUGCCAGAAUAAUGGAAAGCCAAGUGCCAUCGAAAAGUAACAAAACUACUGAUGAUGAUCCUGACAAUGUAAGUACCUUGCAGGGUAAACGGAAACAUGAUGAUGAUGUGGGUCAUGAAGAAAUGAAGAAAAAAUUGGAAGAUAACUUUUCAAAUUAAGUAAAAGACUAAAGAACUUGAAACUUGGGUAUUAAUAUGCACAAUUCUGAGAAAGACUUGGUGCAGGUUAUGCACAAUUCAGAAAAAUUGAUACUAGUAUAAAAAAUUUUAAAGUGACAUAAUGAGGGUUUUGCAUGUACAAAUCCAAAAAUUUUGAUGAUGUAUGCACAAUUCUAAAAUGGACUCAAUGCAAGUUACUGACAAUAUCAAAGAAAGAAAAGGACUUGAUGUGCAAAAUUCUGAAACAGUUGAUGCAGUUUAUGUCCAGUUCUGUGAGACUUGCACAGUAAUUCCAAAAUGAUCUUGAUGCUCAUGCAAGUUAUGCACAAAUAAAAGAAAUUCUUGAUGCAAGUUAUUUACAAUUCUGAAGAUGAAUUGCAGUUCAUGCAUACUAUGCACAAUUCCAGAAAGGAUUUAAGUGUCUGUAAAGUUUAUACAUAAUUCUGAAAAGGACUAGGUAGUAGUAGUACUAGUAUAGAUUUCAUGCACGAGGCUGAAUAUAAUUUUAAUUAACAAAACUACAGGAACAUGCAAUAGACCAAAAGUGACAGAUAAAAGUGUAAUUGUGUGAAAAUUGGUAAAUUACUAAGAAUGUUGCAUUUAACUGGCUGCAAGAAAUGUAUAAGUUGUGGCAAAGUAUGAAGAAUUAUUUUUUUUGAUAUGGAAAAGGAAUUCCAUAUCAUAUAUUUCCCAGGCUCUUCUUUAUCAACUGAGACCAUUCCAACUGAAACUCAAACUCUAUUUUAUAUUUAUCAACACUGCUGCACUGCCAAAGAUAAUGUUUUUGGUUUUGCUUGUGCUUUUGUUUCUGACAGUACUAUCUGUUCAUUACAACUGUAAAAUGACCACCUCAACUAAACACCCUCCCCCACACCACAUCUCUGUUGAUUCACCAAGAAGUGAUAAAUUACAGAACUCUACAUAAUUGUAGAUUGUUCUUAAAUACAUUAUAACUGAAAGGUUCAUAAUUCCAAAACUCCUAGUUACAUAUUUCUGAUCAUCCAGCUGGCAAUCUGAUCCCCUUUUACUUUGAAUAUAUUUUGAAAUCUAUGAAGGAUUUGCCUGUCUUUGUUCUUUAAAAAACAGAAAACAAAACAAACUUUGUGAGUGACAUGCUAAGACAGCUGUUGUGAGAAUAUUCCAAACAUCUUCAAUUUCAUACAGGCAAUGUCACUAACUUUUCUCAUCAAACAGUAGUUUAAUAUUUUGAAGUAAUAUUUUAAAAAUCAAUGUAUGCAUGCUUACAUGUAUGUGUGGUUUGCAUAUGCCUAAUAUACAAAUCUCUUUUGUUCAAACCAUGACUGCUUGGAACCAAAAUUCUUAAUUUUUUUACUCAAAGGUCACACUGCAUUUUUGAUUUGAAGUUACCAUUCCCAUAUGGUUGUGCCUUAUCUACUAUCAACCUCGUAGUUUUGAAUUUGUGAAAGUUUGUCUCCUGCAAGAAUUAUAUAAAUUUUGACAAAGCUGUAGUGCAUUUUAUUACUUUUUUUUAAAAUUUUAGCUAAGAAUGACAAAUGUUUAUGUUUAUAAAUUCAAUUUUUAAAUGUUAAUUCAGUUUUUGUUUCUUCUUUAACACUACAUCAUUAACUUUGCCCAAGUUACCAUCUAGUGGAUAGUUCUCAUAAAUUCUAUAAUAGCCAGCUGUUUUAUUCUCUUUUUCAUUCAGCUUUGCAGCAUUACAAACUCUGAUAUAACAGUCAACAUUCUUACAAGCUGAAUAACUGAACUUAACAGUUCCUAUUUGAUAACUUGCUAUAUUUAUGCUCUGGUGGGAAAUGUCAAUUUUGAGUUCAUAAUCACAUUAAUAUCUGACUCACUGUUAUCAGUGUUUGCUUUCAUAAAAUCUAAAGCCUACAUCACUGAAGUUUUGGUUAUUGAGGGAUAAAAGUCAGCUAUAUUGAAAUGUGUGUAUUUACAGAUUUUGUUCUCAUUUAUCUAGCAAUGUUAUCCCAGUUCUUAAAUGUUACCCCAUAACCUUAAUGAGGAAGCUUCUUUUACUUUGAAAAUGAUUUUUUUCUUUUUUUUUUUUGCUAUCUACACCUAACUCUGGCUUUGCUGGAUAAAUUAAUUUACACCUAGAGUUACUUUCGAAGUUUACUUUAUGGUUCUAAAGUAUUAUAAAAGGGGAUUAGGGUGCCAAGCAUUCUACCCUAUUAUCCCUCUUUAGCUUUGCUGAUAACUCUUUGAGUUCUAGUUUUGUAAACUUCCUCUCUAGAUAUUUUUAAUUCUAUUGUAUCAUUUGAUGAAAGCAUUUUAUAUGUCUCUUUUUGUUGUACCUUGUACCAGAAGAAACAUGCAACUUAUCUGAUUUGUGUAGAUAUUUUUAUCUAGUUUCAGUCAUUAGACUGGC